AUGGAUGAAGAGUUGAAUCAGCCCCUUAGUGGUAUUUUUCGGUAUGCUGAAGAAUUAAGCAAAGAGGAUAGUGAUACCAACGGUUCACCAACUACCUUUGAAGACCAGUUGACUGAGAAUCUGCGUAGCGCAGUGACCUUCUAUGAUUUGAUUUAUUUGUUUCAAAGCAUAGGGAUCAUCAAGAAGGAUAACGUUAUCUAUAAGGCACUUGCGGUAGGGAAAAUAAAUUCUGGGAGCAGGCUACUUUUCUUACUAUUAGUGGCCAGAAAGACUUUUUUGAAGUUACUUCGGUUAGUUAGGCUAUGGUACGCCUUAAAAAACGUAUUGCCGCCAGCUUCGAUCAAAAAGAAAUAUAAUGAAACCAAAAGUCGUGUCAAAAGGAGUAUAUUACGCCUUUCAGUAGACCUGCUAGAUACAUUGGUCUACUUAAUAGUUGUUCUAAUUGACUUAUUUAAAUUUAAGGUUUCGGAUAGUACUAGGAAGCUAUCCCGGUUACUUUUUUGGAUUCUGCCAGCGUUGAACUUUGCACACUAG